AUGUCCACUUACGGUAAGCUCUUCAAAGUCACCACUUAUGGUGAAUCACACUGUAAAUCUGUCGGUUGUAUCGUCGACGGUGUUCCACCUGGAAUGAAGUUGACUGAGGAUGACAUCCAACCACAGCUUACCAGAAGAAGACCAGGCCAAUCAAAGUUAUCCACUCCAAGAAACGAAAAGGACAGAGUCCACAUCCAAUCGGGAACUGAAAACGGGUUAACUUUGGGCUCUCCUAUCGGUAUGCUUGUUGCCAACGAAGAUCACAGACCCCACGAUUACUCAGAAACCGAUUUAUACCCAAGACCAUCUCACGCCGACUACACCUACAUCCAAAAGUACGGUGCCAAGUCCACUUCUGGAGGAGGUAGAUCUUCCGCCAGAGAAACCAUCGGUAGAGUUGCUGCUGGUGCCGUCGCUGAAAAGUUCUUAAAAUUGGCUGCUAACGUUGAAAUCGUUGCCUUUGUCAGCUCAAUCGGUGAAAUCGCCAUGGAUAGAAACCCACAAAAUGAGACUUUCCAGAACAUCUUAAACACUAUAACCAGGGAAGAAGUCGACGCAACUGGUCCUAUCAGAUGUCCUGACGCCAACAUUAGGGAGUCAAUGGUUAAGGUUAUUGAGCAUUACCGUGACUCCAACGAUUCCAUUGGAGGUGUUGUCACCUGUGUCAUCAGAAACUGUCCAAUUGGAUUGGGGGAACCAUGUUUUGACAAGUUAGAAGCCACCUUGGCACAUGCUAUGCUUUCACUCCCAGCAACUAAAGGUUUCGAAUUCGGUUCAGGAUUCCUCGGAACUCAAAUCCCUGGUUCCAAGCACAAUGAUGCCUUCGUACUGGACCCUUCACAACCUGGUAAACUCAGAACCAAGACCAAUAACUCUGGUGGAAUUCAAGGAGGUAUUUCCAAUGGUGAAAACAUCUACUUCUCUGUUGCUUUUAAGUCUGCUGCUACCAUUAGUCAAGAACAAAGUACUUCAACCUACGAGGGUAAGGACGGUGUAUUAGCUGCCAGAGGUAGACAUGAUCCAUCAGUCACCCCAAGAGCUGUUCCAAUCGUUGAAUCAAUGACUGCCUUGGUCAUCGCCGAUCAAUUGUUGAUACAAAGAUCAAGAGAUUACUCGAGAGCCGCUGUUUUUGAGAAUUAA